UAUGAUAUCCAGAAAUAAUGAAACCGACGAUAUAUUGUGAUCAAAGAAAAAAAGAGACAGAAAAUUGUCGAGACGACUCGUUGCAUUUGUGACAUUACAAGCAUUAUCGAUUUCGGAUUUCGUUGUUUUGAAUGUUUCUGAUUGUUCGUUUUUUAGAGUUGAAUCUGCUAAGAAAUUUCGCAUCAAUUUUGGAAAAGUGCACAGCUUCAUAAUAACAAAAAUGGUCGAGCACAGUUCACUUCAUGAUCAGGAGCAACAAAUAAAAAAACUGAAGCGACUAUUAGAAGGCUGGCGUGUAGCUCUCUUGCCGUUAAAGUCCGUGAUUUUAUGGGAACAACAAUGGCACCCUUGUGCUAUAGUGGGAGCCUUAUCCGUUUUCUACCUACUUAUAUGGUUAAUGGACUUGAACACAUUGGCAUCAUUCGCCAUCAUGGGCCUCAUCUUAAAUUUCAUAGACUUCAUUGUUCCUGUGAUAUGCAACUCUUUAUAUGGGCCCAGCUCUUGGACAGGACAGCAGGAAAAAAUGUUUGAAGAAAUUUGUAAAGACAUUGUUGCCCAUUAUAACAAGGUUAUAUAUAAAAUACGCUCAUUUUAUGCUCUGAGAGAGACAAGUCCUUUCAUGUACUACAUAAUCUCAAUCAGUAUGCUAUGUACAAUGGCAUGGAUUGCAUCCUCUAUCAACAACAUAUUCCUGUUGUACAUCCUGUCGACAGUAAUGUUCCUGUGGCCCGGCAUCCAGCACCGAGGGAUCUUCAACACAUUACUUUCCAUGGUCAACAUGGCACCUAAAAUGCCAUACAUAAAAUCUGACUAAUGCAAUUUGCAGCUUUUGUCAUAAUCGGUCUGGUCAUAAUAUUUAAGUCUAAGCUUAGCUUAUUUUAUAUGAGCUUUAAAUUAAUGUGAUGUGUGAUAUUAUUACCAUGGUAUAAAGGCCUUAAGUGUCCAUUCUUUAUUGCUUAUUUGCUAGGUAGCUUUAUAGACUAGGGUCCCAGAUGGACACAUUUUAUUGAUUCCUUUGAAGAAAAAAAAAACUAGAAUAUCCAGAGAUUUUCUUUUUCAUUAUUAGAAGAAAGUUAUCUUUGUUUGGUUAGUUUGUCGAGUUAUAGUUCUAGACAAAUGUAUGUUUAAUGUAGUUAUGAUGUUUGUUAACUUCUGUAUGUGGUAAGUUCAAUUUUUUGUGAAUAUUCAUUUUUAUGAAAUGUAAAGUAACUUACAAUUUUCUUUAGAAAUUACAAUAUUUGCAACUAGUUUGUAAGUAUAUAUAAAUUUAAAAAUGCGAUGGUGAGCAAAUGGAAUAAGCCAAACCAACAAGUAUUUAAAUGUCAACAUAUUGAUCUCGUAAGAUUUUAUUCUAACUGCAUGGCGUGUACAUAAUUUGUUUUGUUGUCUAUAUAUUAUUCGAAAUAAAAGAUGUUUAUUUAGAUUCUAGAUGAACAAUAUAUAUUAAUGGAGCAUUUGUUUUGUGUUAAUGCACAUUUAUCACUGGCAAGAGUAGGCGCUUAAUAAUUCAACACAAAAACGUUGUUUUAAUUAAGUAGAAUGCUGUGAACAAGACUUAGAAAUAAAUGUUUUUUUUAAUGAUAA